GUCCUAUCGGGCGCAUUUCGUGUUAAUCAUCUACACAGUGACCAAGAGAGUCCUUGUACUUACGCGAAACAGUCUAUUUUCUCUUGAUUUCACUUCUGGCAAGACCCUCGUCCCAACUCUAUCUCUCCUGUUUGGCCCGACAAUGAUCAGGGUAGCAGCAGUCUAGAGGCGCAACCACCCCCCCGUUGACGGAACACCGCAGAACAAGGGCAACACCCACAAACAUUGCUUCACAAUGUGGCGGGACCGGACCAAUCUUUACAUCUCUUACCGUCAGUCGUUCACACAUCAUCCGGCCAAGAAGCCACGUUAUCUCGGCGCCUCCAAUGGCUUCUCCGACAUCCCCUCACAGUCUGAAGAGAGCCGCCGACUCAUCGGCGAGACGGGCGGAUCAGAUGAGGAUGGCGACGCUAUCAUCGAGAUGGACGUAUUACCCCCGCGCUGGGUCGAUGUGCAGGAUGAAGUGACGGAGCUGCUCGCCGACAUCGCGCAGAAGUCCGCGCAGCUGGACAAGCUACACCAGAAGCACCUUCUCCCUGGGUUUGGCGACGAAGAGAUCAGGAAGCAGGAUGAAGCCGCCAUCGAGCGACUCACCCAGGACAUCACGCGCUCCUUCCACGUAUGCCAGAAGGCCGUGCAGAGGAUCGAGAUGAUGGUGCGGGAUGCUAAACAGCAGGGCGGAGUCAGCAGCGGAGAUGAGACCAUGGCGAAGAAUCUACAGAUCUCGCUGGCCGCACGCGUGCAGGAAGCCAGCGCUCGAUUCAGGAAGAAACAAAGCAAUUACUUGAAGAAGCUACGAGGUUUGGAGGGUGGCGCUUCCUCUUUUGACAGGUCGCCGACCCCGAUGCAGAAUCCCUUCACAGAUCCUUCCCUCCUGGAAUCAGACGCGGACAAGUCCUUCUCCCAGUCCACUCUCAUGCAAACCUCACAGCGUCUGUCAACAUCAAAUGACGCCGCUAUCGUACAACGGGAACGGGAAAUUAAUGAUAUCGCUAAAGGCAUCAUUGAGCUGUCAGACAUCUUCCGCGAGUUACAGGCUAUGGUGAUUGAUCAGGGUACUAUGCUGGAUCGCAUAGAUUACAACAUUGAACGUAUGGGCACGGAGGUCAAGGCAGCAGAUAAGGAGCUCAAAGUAGCUACUAACUACCAGCGGCGCACGGUCAAACGCAAGAUUCUCCUCCUCUUGGUGAUAUUGGUGGCAGGGUUAUUCAUCGUAUUGCUAGUCAAACCAAAGAAACAUGAUUCCCCCGCGCCUCCUUCACCGGCACCGGCACCGGCACCAGCAUCGGAGCCACCCUCUACACAGCCAAACCAACCACUCCCUGGAUUGAGCUCUCGUGCAUUAAGGUCAAGCUACCACCGAAAGAGACGACCGUCGUUGACCAGGGUCGCGAGGGACAAAUGGGUGGAUCCAGACAUAUACCCAUAGUUCUUUCCGUUAAAUCCAGUAUUUUCGCCUGGUUCCGAUGAUACAUUGUCAUUCUCCAAUAGCAAAAUCAGCCAACAGCCAGCCAACAUCAUAAAAGAUUGUAAAAAGUGUCUCCCUGCAGAAGCAUGGCUAAACAGCGGAAAUACGGAGCUUGAAAAUGUGCGUGCCAAUGGAAGCACACAAUGAAACUUGAACAGCUGGUGAAUAUGUCGAAAUCAGAGCGGUAGCUUGCAUAUCCAUAUACCCACCUAGUAGUGCGGGGUAUCAAUUCUGUGCAUCGCCUUCCUGCUUCAAGAGCUCCGCCACAUCAGCAUCCAAAUCGCCGCUCGCAAAUUGAGCGUAGUCCUCUUCUUCGUGGGUGACCUUGCGUUUCUUGGCAUGGAGGCCAUUCGACCCGUCAAAAAUUGCCGGGCCUAGGUCUGAUGUGGGGUAAGAUGGGUUCAGAGGAUGCUCAAUUCCAGGAAGUGUGAACCCGCCGACA